UCACUCUCACAUGGGAUGUUAGCAAGACCAAGCUGAGGGCUUCAAGUUGUAAAGUGAAGAGGACAGUAACUUUGCCAAACACAGGGCUGUGGAGGCUGAAGAAGAGAGCCAUGGCAAAAGUAAAUGAAGACGGAACUGGGGAGGUGAAUUCACAGAUUGCUCAGUUGCAGGCACUGGCUGCUGAGCUGAAGUCUGAGUUCCUUGAGGCCAUGCAGGAGCUGUCUAAUAUCCAGCAAGGGGAUCACAGCCUGGAGGAGAAUAUCAAGUGCUAUGAGAACGAAAUGGAUGAAAAACUGAUGGGGAUUAAGAAUUCAUUAAGCACUUUUAAGGAGGAGCUCAGCAGUGCCUUGUCACAGAUUAACAAAAUCAGCCAAAGGCAGAGAGAGAUGCAGAAGAACUUUGAACUCUUCCAGAUGAAGAUGAAAAGAGAAAUCCUUUCAUCUUUACAUAGAGAAUGCCAGAAAGAGGAUGGUGUAACAGAAGGCAGUCUGUGUUUAUCAAGCCAGACGGAACUCAAUGUAAUGCAGCACUACUUCACAAGUCUACCCAACAAUUCUGCUGUUCAAAAAGAAACAGGCAUGAACGAGGGUUAUCAUCAAGCAUUACAUUCACAUGAGUAUCAUCAAAGUGGCCACUCUAAGUCACCAGUGUGGAUAGAACGCAAGGAAACUAAAGGCUAUGCUGAUGGACCACUCUUCACGGACAAUGGGGAUACCUUCAAAGAGCCUGCUAGAAUCCAACUCGGCUCUCUGGAGGGUGGCCAACAAGAUAACUCAUUGUCAAACAAGAGACAGAAUGCUGCUUUGGAGCUGCUGGAAUCUGAGAGAGUGUAUGUGUCCUACCUGUCAUUAUUGCUAAAGGCCAAUAUUCAUUUUAAUGGAUCAGAAGCAAUACGUGCCAAAGAUAAAAGACCCUUCCCCAGUUCUCUGAGAUUCCUUAUACAACAACAUCUGAAUUUGCUUCACAUUCUGCAAGACCGAGUCUUGAAAUGCCAGUGGCAAGGCAUCAUGGGGGAUAUAUUUAUGAAGUUAACAAGCAAGGAGAGUGAAUUCCUUGAUUACUAUAAUGCAUAUCUGAACGAGUUGCCUGAAUGUCUUUCUGUUGUGAACAUGUACUGCUCCAGCUCCUGCAAAACCACAAGCCUUUUUGAGGGAGAGGUCUCAAGGGAGGAGCAUCAACCUUCCCUACACUCCCUGCUCCUUCAGCCAGUGCAGCGUAUCCCAGAAUACCUUUCACUAUUACAGAACUUGUUGAGACACACUGAUCCAGAGCACCCUGAUUACUACUUGUUACUGAUCUGUAUCCAGCAGCUCCAAUCCUUCGUGUCCCAGAGCAGUCAGCUGCUUCAGUAUAAUGAAGCCUUGUUGACUCAGGACAGGAAAGACUUAAAGAGGUCUUCAUUAAAACAGCUUUGCAAGUCUACUGACUGCUCCAGGGACUGGGGAGUUCAGUCUGAAGAGAUAGGACCCACAUUCACUCCUAGCUCUGCAGUAAUACCAAGGAUAACCCAGGUAAAGAGAAGCAAGCAAAAGUUAUUGGAACAAAUCCAAUGCACAAGACCACAUGACUGGCUGUCAGACAGCAGGAAGUACGACAAAGGAGAGAGUCUCAACCAAGAGGCACUUUACAGCCCUGACAUUGAACAGAGAUUGAGAUUGCUCACUCUGCAGGUUAUCUCCGAGACUGAGCUAGAGAGUGGUUCCCUGGAGCACCUGCCCUGCAAGAAAUCCCCCUGCAGCCCCCUUGGUGCCCUCCAGGCCAGCAGCAAGAGUAUUUCCGACUACGACAGCUUCUUGCUCCAGGAGGAACCGCUGGGCCUGGAGAGCCUGUGUGAAGAAGACGGGGAUUCUCUCCAGAAUGCGUCUCUCUUUGAUAACUGCUCCACUGCCUCCUCGGACUCCAGCCUGGACAUCGCCUUCAUCAGCACCAAGAACUACACCAGCGGGUCCUGCGUGCUGGGCUGUCAGCUGUCAGGGAGGACCCUUUUCUCUCCAGAGGACCCAGGCCUCUACAGGCACAUGGAUGUCCAGGCUGUUCAGAGGAAAAGCAAGUCACUGAACAGCCUCCAGCUAGACAGCACCUGCACCGCAUCUGAUGCUGACAACUUCAAGACCGCACCUGGUAACAGCCCACAGAGUAACAACAGUGGAGGCAGCCAGCACAUCAAGCUGGAGACGCCUGCCCCCAAGGGGCCUGCUGCACGAAAACCCCAGAGAAGCCUCAACCCCCCUCAGAAACGGGAGACCAAAAACCGAGCAGCUGCAGAAGAAGAAUCGUCAAGGGGGGAAUCAGACAAGGAGACUUGUGCCUUGACCAUGCACGAAGAGGUAGAAUUGAAAAGCAGCACACAGGAUAACGACCAGGCUGGGUUCAGUGAACGAAACAGGAAGCAAGAGCAGAAAGGGGGAUUUAGAAGCUCCUUCCGAAAAUUGUUCAAGAAAAAGUCAAGCAAUUCAGAAGGCAAAGAAAAGGGCAAUGACAAACCAACAGUGGAGCCAGCAGCCAUUUCUGAUCAAGAAUUAACAAAGACUCCUCGAUCUGUUCGUAGUGGAGAUCUAGAUAGUGGAACUGCAGUCUGAAGAAAGCUCACCCAAGUUACACUCAUGCCUUUACUUAAUAUUAGCAUUACCUCUGCAUUGCUAUAGAAAAUGAUAAGAAAUGUAACCAGACAAAAAGGAAACACCAUAAUUUGUCUGCUCAUUAAAAACACAGCAUCAAUAUUCUGCAUUUUUAAUGUACUUGCUUCUACCAAAGACUUAAUUUCUUAAU